UCUCAUUUGGUUGUCAGCAUGUAACCUCGUCUAAUUGUAAUUUGUAAUAUAAGAAGGAAUUAUUAGUAUAAUUAUUAUUAUUAUAAUUAUAGUAUAAUUCGAGAUUAUAUGUGAAGAAAAAAAGAAUGUUUUAAAAAAAGCAAGAUUUUGUCCUGUUUGUGAAAAUACAUUGGAAAAUGGAGAGAUUAGUAGAUGGUUUGAUGUCUGAUGAUAGCGAGGAUAUAAAUGACGACGAGGAUAUUGAGGGUAUGGGGGAUAUAAGCAGCAAUUCAUCAGAGGAUUCAUCAGAUGAAUCUGCAUCAGAUGGCGAUAACGAUAGAAAUUCUAUUACCGAAGAAUCGAAAGCUGGAACAUCAGCAGAUGGUGCAUCUUCUCAUCCAGACAACUUAUUGUUAGACGAAGAGAAUGAAGUUGUCAAGGCUAUAUUAAGUGGGAAGCAAUUAUGCAGGAAUCAUCCCCCAUCAAUUAUAUUAGAAGAUAUGAUUACAGACAUAUGUUUCCAUCCUAUAGUAGAUACUAUAGGUGUAGCUAGUAUUACAGGAGAUAUCUAUAUGUAUAAGUAUAACAAUGAAGAGACUAAUCUUGUAUCUACUAUAGAAUUGCAUCUUAAAGCUUGUCGAGACAUUGAAUUCAGUGAAAAUGGACGAAUAUUAUUCUCAGCUGGGAAAGAUUUAUGUAUAGGGAUAACUGAUGUGGAAACUGAAAAGUUAACUAGAUUGUAUGAGAAAGCUCACGAGCAACCUGUAUAUACAAUGACAAUAAUCAAUGAAGAUGUGUUUGCAACAGGCGACGACGAUGGUGUAGUAAAAUUGUGGGACCUCAGACAAAAAGGAAAUGAACCAAUAUUUUCCAUAAAGAAGGUGGAAGAUUACAUUAGUGCAAUGAUAACCAACAGAGAUGCCAAGUAUUUGGUUUGUUCCAGUGGUGAUGGUUGUCUAACAACUCUAAAUAUACCAGAGAGAAAAAUGCAUCUACAGUCCGAGGAGUAUGAUGAGGAACUGACUUGUCUCGGUUUAUUUAAAUCUGAAAGAAAAUUGUUAGCAGCUAGUAGUAAAGGGAAAAUGUAUGUAUACAAUUGGGGUGAAUUUGGAUUACAUUCGGAUGAAUUUCCAAGCAUUUCGAAAGCGGCCAUAAAUUGUAUGAUUCCCGUUACAGAGAAUAUUGUAAUAACUGGAGGAGAGAACGGAAUUAGGGCAACUAGUUUGUUUCCUCAUCGUCAACUUGGCAUAGUAGGACAGCAUGACUUUUCAGUCGAGACACUCGAUAUCAGUAACAAUGGAACUUUAAUAGCAUCCUCGUCUCAUAAUAAUGAUAUCAAAUUCUGGAAUGUACAAUAUUUCGAGACUUUAAACGUUACCGAAUCUGUAAAAGGUGGAAAGCAAAAAUGGUUCAAACAUAAUCUUCCAAGUAGUGAAAUAAAUAAUCGAUCUGAUUUCUUUGCCGAAUUGUAAUUUUAACAGUUUCGUAUAAUAAAAUAACAUAAUUGUA